AUGGGCUAUCUGCUGGAUGGAUGUCCGGCACCAAGGGACGUCUUCGAAGAUUCAGGAAAGGUCAUCAUCAGUCACGGGACGACGUUCAAGUGGGGGCGGAUCGAUGAUGUGUCGGCCUACGGGAUCACAAGGCCCUCCCCAAUUAACACUAGUCAAAUCCCAAACAAGAGAGAAUUAUCGUGUCAAAGCAUUGAUCAAGUGUAUGGAGGAACGCGUGCCUGUGGUUUUACUCGGAAAAAGUUUUCAGGGAUGCCAUGGUUCCAAGAUUAUCCUUCAGUAAGAUACGCGGUCCUUGGGUACUAUUUGGUCACUCAUUACUGGCCAGAAAGGGAAUUCAGAAGCGACGAGCCUAACGAGUAUAGCGUGCGUUUCAAAUUUCGUUUCCAGUGGGUCUCGUCUCAAGGCGAUCCUUGGUGGGUAUCGGAUAUGAAAAAUUAUUACAAAUCGUUGAAGCCCUGGCAAUCGGUCAGCGUCUCGGACGAACUCUCGGCCUCGAGUUCUUUGGGGGCGGAUGAGAAGCCCGCCCAAUUAGCCAGCGGCGAGAUGGACUGGGAAGCAACUCCCGACGGAAGUUUUUCGACAACAUACCAAGAUAUGUUCGACGUAGAGGAUGAAGAGCUCUUGAAAUAUAAGUGUAAUGGCUGCGGCAAGGAGAGCUUUAACAUAUAUAAAGGGUCAUGGAUGUGUCUCAACGAAUUCUGUUGGGAUUUCUUUAGAACGAAAGAGCAGUAUGAUUUCUUCGAGUGGUCAGCCACAGCCUCUCCAUCUGAUACCGACAUGGCAGGAUUGAAAUACGUGAUGUGGUUCUUGAGACACCAACUUUCACUCGAGGAUGACCAUCGCGUACCCUUUCCGCUCACUCCCACUACCCUCCAAAAUCUCACCGGCAAUCAAAUCGACUUGGCUUCCCAUCUCGAGGCUAAAGUCGGAUUCUAUUGCAGCGCCUGCGGAAGGCUUUCGAUCAGGAUCUAUUGGAGAGUGCUCAUUUGCUCCAAUGAGGAAUGCCAAUUCACAGUGAAUUUGACUGGAGCGCCACUAGAACUUCCAAGGCCCGCCGAUUUGACACGAGACAAUCGAAAGAUGACCAGUAACAGAUGCGAUAUAACAUCAUUGGACCCGAUUGGACCCCUCAAAGCAGCCGGUUAUUCGCUCAGAUGGUACAGGUUUCAUGACAUCUCCGGCGGCGUCAUUCAUGCGACUCCCAACGAUUUGAGAAAGGCUGACUGCCUCUUUCAAGACUUUCAAACUGCUCUGGAUCCUUGGAGCUUCAAGAGAAACCAACUAAGAUUUAGCCAAGAAGUGGAAACAAGACCGUGGCUUCAAAUACCGAUACCAAUAUUCCGAGCGUAUUCAGGCCUAUGUAAAUUUGUGAGAGAUGCUUUAAACCAUGAAGUGAUCUCAUCAAGCUCGAAGAAAAUUGGAUUGGAUGACCUUUUACCGGAAACCUUCAACGAGAUUUUGUCUUGCUUUUAUCUUCCCGGAACCGGUAUGAAUUAUCAUUCGGACAACGAGCUUGGGUUAGGCGGUGUGAUCGUCAGUCUAAGCUUAGGCUCGACAGCGAUGAUGAGGUUCAAAAGGAAACAACCAAACGGCCCAGACCUAAAAGAAGAACCCUCAGUCAAAAAGUCGAAUCCACCGAUCCUUGAGCUGGUCGUAAACCAUGGCGACGUGGUGCUUCAAUGCGGAUCCGAGUUACAGGAAAAAUAUGUCCACUCACUCCACACAGAUGGUGUACGCAUUUCAACCACAAUGCGAUACAUCAAUCCUAAUCUGAUGGGGUAG